AUGAGAGACGCGUCGUCGAUCACAAAAGCACCGCCGCCCGACUUGCUGCCGCCAGGUGAAAGGCCUCUGUCUUGGCAGCCACCUUUUCAGUCGAGUUCGCCAGCACCAGAUGGACCACAGCAGCAGGAAAGUAGCAGCCGUCCACCUUUUGCUUUUGAGCCGAAUCCUAGCUUUUUCCCGAAUCCACCCCAGUCCAGUCCACAGCAGACUCCCGGCCCAGCAUUUGUGAUAGAACCUCUUGCACCUGGUGCUGCUAACGAUCACAGACUGGCGUCUCUAGCUCCACAGGCGUCCGACCUGUCGUCGCUUGCGCCGUCGUCUUUUGAUUUUAUAGCACCCGCUCCGCCGACGUCUUCUCUCAGACCGCCGCCAUCUUCGACUGGACGCAGAGAAUACGAAGGGGUCUUCAGCGUGGAUGACUUUGGAGCCAUUGGGAACGGCAUCGCAAACGACACCCAGGUACGUACACGAUGCUCAUUUUUCUGUUUCAUUCACGAAGCAGGGCCGUGGUUAGUGCAGUCCUUUAUCAGCACCUGGCAGCGGGCAUGCCGGCAAAGGAAAAACAAAAGCUCUAUGAUGCUGGUGCCAAGUGGGCAAGUUUACCUCGUGUAUCCAGUCACGCUAAAAGGUCCAUGCCAAAACAACUUCACUUUACAGAUAGAUGGGAGCGUCAUAGCACCUGAUAACCGGAAUCUGUGGAAAGGCUUCGACAUCCAGACAUGGAUUCUCAUAAAAAGAGUCACGAACUUUAGACUGGUUGGAACGGGUACAAUUGACGGGAAAGGCCAAAACUGGUGGAUGCAGUCCUGCAAGCGCAACGUUAACGAAGCACUUACUUUCAGACAUUGCCAGCACGUUGAAGUGGACGGGCUGACAAUCACCAACAGCCAGCAAAUGCAUCUUGAUCUUUCAUCUUGCUCGAAUGCAGUUUUGAGGCACUUGACGGUUUCUUCGCCAGAAGACAGUCCCAACACGGAUGGGAUACACCUCGAACGUUCGGAAUCGGUGUCAAUAGUCCAAACCACCAUUUCCACAGGUGACGACUGCAUAUCCAUUGGCCCCGGCACAUCACACGUCGUAAUAGAGGAUGUCUCCUGCGGCCCUGGCCAUGGAAUCAGCAUCGGAAGCUUAGGGAAGAAAAGGCAAAGUUUCGACCGCGUCUCGCAUGUAAAAGUCCGAAACGCUUUCCUAAGAGAUACACAGAAUGGCCUGAGGAUCAAAACAUGGGAGGGUGGACGAGGAUGGGCACACGACUUCGUCUUCGAACACAUUACCAUGCUGCGUGUAAAAAACCCAAUCCUUAUUGAUCAAUAUUACUGCGACCACGAACACUCUGGAACCUGCACACCAAAGCGGAAACAGGAGUAG